AUGUCGGUGAAAGAAAAUAGCGACUGGUGGCAUUAUUCAGUUGUUUAUCAAAUAUAUCCACGAUCAUUUUUUGACUCAAAUGAAGAUGGUAUUGGUGACAUAAAUGGGAUAACAAUGAAGCUUGAUUAUAUUAAAAAUUUAGGUGCUGACAUUAUUUGGAUAAGUCCUAUUUACGAUUCGCCUAACUAUGAUGCUGGAUAUGACAUUCGUGAUUAUUAUAAAAUAUCGUCUGAAUAUGGUACCAUGGAUGAUUUUGAUGUAAUGUUAAAAGAAAUGAAACAGCGUCAGUUAAAAUUAGUUAUGGAUUUAGCUAUUAAUCAUACGAGUGAUGAACAUCCAUGGUUUAUUGAAUCGAAAAAAAGUAAAGAUAAUCCAUAUAGACAUUUCUAUCAUUGGGCACCAAGUAAUGAUGGAAAAGCACCAAACCAAUGGGGCGCAUGUUUUGGCGGUUCUGCUUGGACAUAUGAUAUUAUCACCGGUGAAUAUUAUUUACAUACAUUUACAACCAAGCAGCCUGAUCUUAAUUGGGAUAAUCCGAUGGUACGUCAUGAAAUGCAUAAAGUAAUGCGUUGGUGGCUUGAGAAAGGUGUUGAUGGAUUUCGUUUGAAUACGAUUAAUUUUAUUUCAAAAAGUCCUCAUUAUCCUGAAGGAAAAUAUAAUGAGAAAAGCCAAUAUACAGAUGGUUCAUCAUACUACAUUAAUGGACCACGUGUACAUGAAUAUAUUCACGAAAUACAUCAACAAGUUCUUCAACACUACGAAGUUAUUGCUUUCGGAGAAUGUCCAGGUGGUGAUUUGCAUGAUGCCGAGCUAUUUAGUGCACCGGAAAGAAAAGAAUUAAAUAUGAUAUUAACAGUUGAACAUCUCGAUCUCGAUGGUGGAAAAUGGACACCGAAAUUGCUUGAUUUACGAUGUUUAAAACAUCAUUUUACUUCAUGGCAAAAAGGUUUAUAUGAUAAAGGAUGGAAUAGUUUAUAUUGGAAUAAUCAUGAUCAACCAAGAAUUGUUUCACGUUGGGGAAAUGAUACAGCACCAUAUAGAGAUUUAUCAGCAAAAAUGCUCGCUACUUGUUUACAUUUUCUUUGUGGUACACCUUUUAUUUAUCAAGGAGAAGAAAUUGGUAUGACAAACGUUCGAUUUCCCUCAUUAGCCGAUUAUCGUGAUAUUGAAACCACCAAUUUUCAUAGCGAAGCAAGUCAAACAGGCUUAAGAUUAGAAGAAAUAAUGGCUGCUAUCUAUGCUAAGUCUCGCGAUAAUGCUCGUACACCAAUGCAAUGGUCCGGUAAUUUACCGCAUGGUGGUUUUUCAAAUGGUGCCGUUAAUGUUUUGCCUUGGAUUAAUGCCAAUUCUAAUUAUACAGAUAUUAAUGUUGAACAAGCCUUAAAUAAUCCGCAAUCCAUAUUUUACUACUAUCAAAAACUUAUACAACUACGCAAAACAAUGCCGAUUAUUACGAAUGGAAAAUAUGAAAUAUUACACGAUGAAAAUACUCAUAUAUUUAUGUAUAAACGUUGUAAUGAUAAUGAACAAGAGAUAAUUGUUGCAUGUAAUUUUAGUCAACAACCAAUAAUAAUUAAUGAUAUUCAACUUAGUGAAAAAAUCAAAAAUCGUAAACAGAUAUUAAUUAGUAAUUAUGAAAAACACAAAAGAUCUGAUUGGCUCGAAUUUCGUCCUUAUGAAGCAUGGGCUAUGGAAAUUUAA